UUUGAUCUGUUCACCUUCUUAUUAUUUUCUCUCUUAUCUUCCUUCUUCUUCUUCCUCUGCCUCCUCCUCCCGAGCCACCUGUGACAUCAAGCUCCAGUUCAGGCUCACCCGAUGUAAACAAACACCCUUAACGUUUACCGUGUGACGUUUACCCCUCAUGACGUUCCCCUUCCUCCCCUUGCCUUAAUAUAUCACUCAGUGUGGCUUAGAAGUCCCGCAUCACAUAAGUCAGUCUCCUCCCCUUGCCUUAAUAUAUCACAUGUCUGUCUCGCCAUCCAGCAGAGUGUUGUUAUAAGCUCUCAAAAUACACCGUUCACCGUUUACCGCUUACCCUUUGAUGAGGUUCCAUGCCCCUUCUUUUUUUUUUACCUGUAACGCUUUGUAUCGCUUCUUAGGUCCUCCUCCUCCUCUUGGUCCUCACUUCUUAUUCACUCCUUUUCAAUGGUACGUAACUUUCCCCGCUCCACCAUGCCCACCACACUCAAGGUCUGGUCGUUCCACAAAUCCAUUUCUCGGGAGGCGAAGGAGGACUUACUGAGGCACUUCGGGGCGCUGUCAGUCCGGCAUGUUGGGCGGCGAGGCAAGGACGAGGCGCUGCUGGCAAGCUUCAAGAGUGAUGGUGACUGCAGGUACGCUCUGGGCAAGCUUCACCAGCAGGAGGUCCUCGGCGUGAGACUGAAGGCCGUGUUCCAGGACUCAGCGCCGCCCCUGCCAGCACAAGAGCCUCACAGGUGCCAGGAGAAUGUGGAGCCAGACGAGGGAGCCCAGGAGGAGAAAAUGCAGCAGAAAUUAAAGGAGUUUGAGGUCAGCUUGUGCUCCAUUGCUUCCUCACUGGGCAUCAACCACCCCAUCCCACCCAACCUUAGGUAUGUGUAUCCUCCCCCCUCAGCUUCAGUCAUCGCCAACAUUGCUGGCGCUCACGAGGUCCCCAAAUGA